CGCUCAGGCCUCGCAGCAAUGGGAGCAGCACUAUCCUACUUCCUUACGGUAGGAUUCCUGAACGCGUUCGGCAUCUUCCAGCAGUACUACAAACAGACCGUCCUCAGCGACAAAACCGAUUUCCAGAUAUCCUGGCUGGGCUCCUUCGCUUCCUUCGCCAUCUUCGCCUUUGCUCCCAUCGCCGGUAUACUGGCCGAUCGCAUCGGCCCAACGCUUCCAAUAGCGGUCGGGUCCGUCGCCGUCGUGCUGGCUGUCUUCAUGACAUCCUUGUGUAAGCAGUAUUGGCAGUUCUUCCUCGCGCAAGGCGUGCUCUUCGGUUUCGGCGCCAGCUUCACGGCUGUACCUGCGUCCGGAAUGGUGCCACGCUACUUCCAACGCAAUCGUGGACUCGCCACGGGUAUCACGAUCGGUGGAUCUUCCCUUGGCGGUAUACUCUGGCCGGUUAUAUUCGACCAGCUCCUGCACAAUGACAAAAUCAGCUUCGAGAUGUCGAUGAGGAUAGCAGGUUUCGUCAUGCUGCCGCUAUGGGUCAUCUGCGUGCUCACCAUCCGUCCGCCACUUAAGCAGCCCGAGAAGCUGGAAGACGGUGUAGAUCUCUCGGCAUUGGGUAAACCACCCUUCAUCCUUCUUUGCUGCGGUCUGUUCUUUGCACUUUUUGGCUUUACAACGCCACUUUAUUUCACGUCAGCCUACGCCGUCAGCCUUGGCAUGUCGCCGAGCCUGGCGUUCUACCUCAGCAGCAUUCUGAAUGGAGCCUCACUGUUCGGCCGUGUCCUGCCAGGUGUUGUAGCAGAUCGGUGGGGCAAAUUCAACAUGCUCGCCGCUUCCGCCUUCGCUGCCGGCAUCGUCGCUUUCUGCUGGACGGCCGCCACGAGUGUUGCCGGCGUUAUUGUGUGGGCCAUCAUGUUUGGCUUUACGUCGGGAGCUAUCCUGAGCUUGCAGAUCGCUUGCGCAACCACCCUCGCCGACAAAGAUUCAGCGGGUGCAGCAGUCGGUAUAGCAAUGGGCAGUACUUCGCUCGCCAUGCUGUUUGGCAGCCCGAUUGCCGGACAGCUCGUGGAUUAUGGAUACCUAGCCACUGCGAUGUGGUCUGGAGCGGCAUUCAUCGUUGGAGCAGGCUUCUUGAUUGCUUCGCGCUUGUCACAAGAUCGCAGUCUGGGUGCGCGGAUAUAG